AUGGGAGGGCGGCUGCCCCGGCGCGCAGUCACCGCCUCGCUCCCAUUGUCUGUCCCGCUGCUGAGCCCUCGCCGCAGCUUGCUGCAUACAAAUAGCCCCACGAAAGCUGUCUGCUACCCCACCAACACGUCUCGCAUCACAAACACAACCCCGCGACGGACCCCCCAACCCUCUCGACACACUCCCUACAUACCCGUCAGACACUGCUCCCACCGCCGCAACAUGUGCAGACACUCUGGCGCAGACGUUCACUCCCACGUGGACGUCACCAAGUCCCGCGAGGUGCUGCCCACCAACGUCAAGCCGAUCCACUACGACCUGACCCUCGAGCCAGACUUUGAGAAGUUCACCUACGAGGGUUCUGUGAUCAUUGAUCUAGACGUUGUUGAAGACAGCACCUCCAUCUCGCUCAACACCAACGAGCUCAAGAUCCACUCGACGAAAAUCACCGCCGGCGACGAGCUCAUCUCCAGCAACCCAAAGCUCUUCCACGAUGGAGACAAGCAGACGACCAAGGUCGACUUCGACCACACACUUCCCGGCGGCAGCAAGGCGAAACUCACCAUGACCUUCACCGGCACGCUCAACGACGACAUGGCAGGCUUCUACCGCUCGUCGUCCAAGGCUGCAGACGGCUCGGACACAUGGCUGGCCACAUCGCAGAUGGAGCCCACUGACGCUAGGCGGGCAUUCCCCUGCUUCGAUGAGCCAGCACUGAAGUCCAAGUUCACAGUGACACUGGUCGCAGACGACAAGAUGACCUGUUUGAGUAACAUGGACGUGGCUUCGGAAAAGCAAGUAGACUCCAAGGUCAUCAGCGGAAAGAGGAAGGCGGUCACCUUCAACCCCACUCCUCUCAUGUCGACAUACCUUUUGGCCUUCAUCGUAGGAGAGCUGAACUACAUUGAGACCAGGGACUUCCGUGUCCCUGUCCGAGUUUACGCUCCCAAGGGUAGCGACAUUGAGCAUGGCAGAUUCUCGCUCGACCUUGCUGCGAAGACCUUGAAGUUCUACGAGGAGACGUUCGAUAGCUCUUUCCCGCUCCCCAAGAUGGACAUGGUUGCCAUUCCUGACUUCAGUGCCGGUGCCAUGGAGAACUGGGGUUUGAUCACCUACCGUGUGGUCGACGUCCUCAUUGACGAGAAGAAUGCUGGUGCCUCUACCAAGCAACGCGUUGCGGAAACCGUACAGCACGAGCUUGCUCACCAGUGGUUCGGUAACCUGGUCACAAUGGACUUCUGGGAGGGCUUGUGGCUGAACGAGGGUUUCGCGACCUGGAUGUCUUGGUACUCUUGCAACGUCUUCUACCCUGACUGGAAGGUCUGGGAGGGUUACGUUACAGACACACUUGCGAGCGCCCUAUCCCUUGACGCGUUGCGCAGCAGCCAUCCCAUCGAAGUCCCCAUCAAGCGAGCGGACGAAAUCAAUCAGAUUUUCGAUGCUAUUUCGUACUCUAAGGGCUCGAGCGUCAUCCGUAUGAUCUCGAAGUAUCUGGGCGAGGACAUCUUCAUGGAGGGUAUUCGGAGGUACCUCAAGAAGCAUGCUUACGGGAACACACAAACUGGCGAUCUCUGGGCCGCUCUGUCCGACGCCAGCGGCAAGGACGUAGAGAAGGUCAUGGACAUCUGGACCAAGAAGGUCGGCUUUCCGGUCGUCAGCGUCACCGAGAACGCCGACUCCAUCCACCUCAAGCAGAACCGUUACCUUCGCACAGGUGACGUCAAGCCUGAGGAAGACGAGACCCUCUACCCCAUCUUCCUGGCUCUGCGUACCAAGGAGGGUGUGAACGAAGAAGUCACACUAUUUGACCGUGAAACCAACCUCAAGCUGAAGGACACUGAUUUCUUCAAGCUCAACGCCGACCACUCGGGUUUCUAUCGUACUUCAUACACCCCUGAGCGAUUGGAGAAGCUUGGCGUUGCAGCGAAGGAAGGCCUUCUCACCGUCGAAGACCGCGCUGGUAUGAUCGCUGAUGCUGGUUCCUUGGCUGCAUCUGGCUACCAGAAGACUUCUGGCAUUCUGUCGCUGCUCGACAGCUUCAAGAAGGAGCCUGAGUUUGUCGUUUGGUCAGAAAUCGUCACCCGCAUCGCCACACUGCGCGGUGCGUGGCUGUUCGAGGAUCAGAAGGUUAGGGACGCGCUUAAGGCAUUCCAGCGUGAGCUGUGCAGCGGCAAGGCACAUGAGCUGGGCUGGACUUUCACCGAGAACGACGGCCACCUGGAGCAGCAGUUCAAGGCCAUGAUGUUUGGUGCAGCCGGUCUCACGGAUGAUGCUAUCACCAGGGCAGCGUUCGACAUGCUGGAGAAGUUCAAGGCUGGAGACAAGAAAGCCAUCCAUCCCAACCUUCGAGGCAGCGUCUAUGCCAUCGUUCUGGACAAGGGUGGUAAGGCAGAGUACGACAUUGUUGAGAAUGAGGCUAUCAACGCUGAGACGAGCGUCGAACGCAACACUGCGCUGCGUGCUCUUGGACGAGCCAAGUCUCCGGAACUCAUCCAGCGCACACUCGACCUCUCGCUCAGCAAGGAUGUCAAGACCCAGGACAUCUACCUGCCUUUGUCUGGCCUUCGCGGACAUGCGGAGGGAUGCAAUGCGCUCUGGAAGUUCAUCAAGGACAAUUGGGAUGAACUUGUGAAGAGGCUCCCCAUCAGCCUGCCGCUUUUGAGCUCUGUUGUUGCCAUCGCUACAUCAAGCUUCACACACCGCGAGCACAUCAAGGAUAUCGAGGCCUUCUUCAAGGACAAGAACACCAAGGGCUUCGACAUGUCACUUUCCCAGGCUCUCGACAGCGUCAGCGCGAAGGCUGCAUGGCUAGAGCGUGACUCGGAGGAUGUCAAGGCCUGGCUCAAGGAGCACAAGUAUUUGUGA